AUCCCUAGUUGCAACAAAAAAAAAACAACAAAAAUAAAGAAGAGGAAGACAGACGCCAGCAUUGAGUUCUUUUAUUUUGUAGAUUUAAGUGAAAAUAUAUAACUUUUGUUUUCCGAGUGAUGACGGAGCUCAAAGACGAGGUUCAGGUAUUCAACAAGGGCGAGAUCGUCCUUUGCUACGAGCCUGACAAGUCGAAAAAGAGAGUUUUGUAUACCAGCAAGGUUUUGGCAGUCUUCGAGCGCACCGACGAACAUGGCCUGAGGUACUACGACUACAAGAUACACUUCCAGGGUUGGCGGCCGUCCUACGACCGCUCGGUGCGGGCCAGUGUGCUUCUGAAAGACAGCGAAGAGAACCGACAGCUUCAGCGAGAACUGGCCGAAGCGGCUCAGCUGCAGAUUAAGGGCGACUACUCGUACAAGGGAACGCCCGACAAGCCGGCUUCAAAGAAGAAACGCUCAGGGCGCGGUUUGGGCACCUACGUUGAGGAUCCCGCCUUGGAUCCGCUCGAUACCACGCCUAUUAUCGCCGAUCAGGAAAUGCCGUCCAAUACUAGAGGCUCCGGCAGGGGCAAUCGCAAUAACAGGGACAACAGUGGAGGUCGUAAAGAGAAGGGUUCUGGAUCGGCCUCAGCUACCCCAGAAGCCAAAAUAAGAAGCACACGAGGAGGACAAGUUGAAGAGACGCCCAUGGAAGUGCUGGAGCCGGAGGAACGUGUAAUGCUGCGCAUCAGCGAACGACUUCGCGAGUAUAUGGAAUACGACUAUAACAUGGUGGUGAAGCUGGGUAAGCAGCACGCUAUGCCCGCCAGAAUACCCAUUGUCACCAUACUGGAGAACUUUGUGAAACAGCGCGCUGUUGAGCUAGCCAUUAGUAUUAAGCAGGAUAGCUCACGAGCUAGAAACACCCAAAGCAGGAACGCCCGCAUGGAGCUGGAAUACGACCGUGUCAUGUCCAAUGUGUGCAUGCUGAAGGAAGUGGUCGAUGGUAUUAGGAUCUAUUUUGAAUUCCAUGUGGACGACCACCUGCUUUACAGAGAGGAGAAGGAAUACGCCCACAACUACCUUACUGAUGACAACAUGCGUAACUGUAGCAUUGCGCUUAACAACUCCUACGAUUACAUCAAUCCCAACUGCGACACGGAGCUCCUUUCGAUGGAUGGCACACCAGUCAUUGGCAACAAAAGCAACGGAGUUGAUGGAGGAAUUCUGGGAGAGAUUGAGUACGAAAAACAACUGCAGAAAUGUCUCUUGUAUAUCGUAAAGAGCACCGGGAAAAACACAGCACAUGCCUACGAUCAACGAACAUCGCCCUUUACUGCCGCAUACAAAUUACCGCCGGAGAUGAAAGGGUUCCUUUGCGAAACCUUCACCUGGAGGCUUCUGUCAGCGGAGUCGCCCCCGGAAAAGUCAAUGGUGUUUGGGGCUCCUCACCUUGCAAGGAUGAUGAUCAAACUCCCUGAAUUUCUCAACUUUUCGCCCAUAUCCAACCGGAAGCUAGUGGAUCUGCUGCCACACUUGGACUCCUUCAUUAACUACUUGGAAAACCACAAGGAGUGGUUCGAUAAGGAGAAUUAUGUACACCCCACCGUUCAUCAGGAUCAGCUGCAGCGGGAGCUUCUGGACUCCCUGGAUCAGCCUAUUAAGAUGUCCGCCUAGAUAUAAGUAGUAUAUUAUAUUUAUUACGCAGUUUUAAAAGUUUUUUUUUUUCCUGUUUUUGCCAUUUUGUCAAACAAAGGUUUCCUUAAAUCGCACUUUGUAAUAAACGUGCUUUCAUAAAAACGUAUUCUACCCAUUUGUAAUCGAAUAAUGGCUUCAAUCUAUGGAAAAUACUAGUAACUAGUUUAAUUUUUUUUUUUUUAUUUGUUUCUUAGCUUAAGAUUAAGUUAAGUUUUGUUUGUGCUCAAAUAAAUAUAAGCAUAAAUUGCAAAAUCAUGUAAUUAUCGAAA